AGCGCAACCCCGCCCUCGAGAAUGCAGGGGCUCGGCUUCCCUCAUCCUCAGAAGCAGCGCUGCAAAUCUCUUAUCUCCCUGGUAACUCGUGCAGGCAGCCGGGACUAUUACGCGGAGGCUGAGACAGUUGAAAGAAACUUUGCUGGCUCUCAGUCUGUCACCAUGUGGGUGAAAUCAUGAGAAACAUCUGCAGGCUUAAAGGUUGCGGCUGGUUCCUCAACCCCGCUUUACUGGCUGUGGGAGCUGACUAGAGGUUAGAUCAGGCAUUUUCACCGCCAGAUCUUUGAUAACUGCGUAGGAUGAUGCUGAGUCCGAUCAGCCUCAGUGAAAUCCGCUUCCUCUGGUUAUGAGCUGACUCUUUACACUGCAUGUAGAAAAGCAUGUGAAUAGAGAAAUGAAGAGACAAGCAAACCAGUAGGCAAGAACUUGUGGAUCUGAGUUCAAGAUGUCACACACAGUGACCUUCACCUUUUAUGGUCCUGAGAACCAAGAGGCUGUCAGCCAGGACCCAAGUCCUUAUGAUGAAGAUGUCGUGCAUCAUUCCUUCCACCAGCUAAUUGAGGAGCAGAGCUGGCUUGCUGAACAGGAGCUGAUGGAGAUGCGGGAUUUAGCUUCUGGGGGCACAGAGAAUCUGGCCUAUGUUGCUUCUUCCCGCCAGACUGGGGCUGAAGAGGCACCAGAUCAAAAGGACUUCUCCACAGCCACACUCCGCAUCCUUGCCAGCAUGCCUAGUCGUACUAUAGGCCGCAGCAGAGGAGCCAUCCUUUCCCAGUAUUAUAAUCGCACAGCCAGACUACGCCGUAGAGGCAGCCGUGGUCCACUUCAAGAACUAUCCCGCUCUGCACGGCCUAGUAUCCGGCAGCUGGAUCUUGAGCUGGAUUCCACUCAUGAGGAAGAAGAUGGCAAGCGUAGCCUGCUGGUGAAAGAACUCCAGAAUCUGCCCGCAAGUCAGCGCAUCAGCCUGCUCCAAGCAAUGCCACUAAGCUUAACUGAGAAGCGUGGGCUCAGGCAGGAUUCAAGUGGGCACUCAGGCACUUUGAGGAAACCCAAAUCAACAGGUCCUUUGUCCUGCAGCAGCCAGCUUAAAUACUGCAUCAUGAUAGGUUUACGGAAUCUCUGGUACGGUCUGCUGUCAUUCCCUCACACUCUCCAGCCCUGGCAUUAUUCCCUCAAGCAGAUCGGUGGUCGCUUUGGUUCUAGCAUCCUCUCCUACUUCCUGUUCCUAAAGACUCUGCUCUUGUUCAAUCUCCUCUUUUUCCUGCUCCUGCUGGUUUUUGUGGUUGCUGUGCAGGCUGCAUACCCUUCUGCCAGCCCCAACAGUGAAGCCUUCAGAGGACUUGAGCUGCUCACUGGAGCGGGCCACUUCACUCAAACACUGAUGUAUUAUGGCUAUUACAGCAACUUCACUCUGAAUGACCCCUGCGCAUCCAGCUUUAACAGCACACGCUGCAGACAGAACAGAGAUGUCCAAAUGCCAUACAACAUGCCCCUGGCUUAUGUGUUCGUCACUGGGGUCGCCUUCUUUGUGACAUGCAUUCUAUUGUUAUACAGCAUGUCACGCUCCUUUGGGAUAAGCUACCGAAUGAACAGUGCAUCAGGUGACCUGGCACUUAAAGUCUUUUGUGCUUGGGACUACAAGGUGAUCCAGAAACGUUCUGUCCGACUUCAGAGUGAAAACAUCUGCACUCAUCUGAAGGAGUGCCUGGCUGAGCGGUGGUCCAGCUCUCAUCCCUUGAGCCUGUGUAAGAAACUGCAGAGGCUGGUCAUCCAGCUGCUGGCUUGGACGCUAUUCCUGGGCAGUGUUUUCGGUUGUAUCUUGGGUGUAUACUAUUUCUCUGAGUACAUUCACCAGGUUCACCAAGAGAUGCUCUUGACAAGCAGCCACACUGGGAAGGAAGCCCUUCUUCUGGCCCUGCCUGUGCUCGUAUCUCUGAUCAACUUGCUCAUGUCCUACAUGUAUAACCUCCUGGCUGUUUGGGAAAAGCAGGAGCAUCCAGGCCUCAAGGUGUAUGUCGCCAUCAGCAGGAACUUAAUUCUGAAGAUGGUUAUCUUAGGCCUGUUGUGCUACCAUUGGCUCAGUCGGAAAGUGACAUCUUCAAAGAUUCAGUGCUGGGAGACCUUUGUGGGGCAGGAGUUAUACCGCUUGGUGGUGAUGGAUUUCAUUUUCAGCCUCUUGGACACCCUCUUUGGAGAGCUGAUGUGGAGAGUGAUUUUAGAGAAGAAGCUGCAGAAUAAACGGAGACCUGAAUUUGACAUUGCUAGAAAUGUUCUGGAACUGAUUUAUGGACAGACUCUGAUCUGGCUGGGAGUCUUCUUUGCCCCACUUCUCCCUGUUGUUCAAAUCCUUAAGUUGCUGCUUUUGUUCUAUAUUAAGAAGACUAGCUUGAUGAGAAAUUGUCAGUCUCCCAGUAAACCCUGGCGUGCAUCUCACAUGAGCACUGUCUUCAUCACCUUGUUGUGCUUCCCUUCAUUCCUGGGUGCCUCCAUAUUCCUCUCCUACACCAUCUGGACAGUGAAACCAUCAGAGACAUGUGGACCCUUCCAAACUCAUGAGACCAUCUAUGAUUCUGGGAAGACGUGGAUUGUACAGCUGGAGCAAUCCAACCCAAACCUCUCCUGGUUUACCUGGAUCCACCAGCAUCUCAUCCAAAAUUCCUUCUUCCUGUUUUUAAUUGCUGGAAUUUUGCUAGCUGCAAUCUACCUCAAUGUUCAGGUGGUGAAUGGUCAGAGGAGAAUCAUUUCCCUACUGAAGGAACAGAUUGACAAUGAAGGAGAAGACAAGAGGUUCCUCAUUCAGAAGCUUCAUACUAUAUAUGAGAAAUGAAAGCAGAGCAGGUGAAGAUGAGGCCAGCAGUUCAUCAGUGAAUGUACAAGCUGAACUCUUCUUCUCUGCCUGAUGUGCUUCUUGGAAGAUGGAGAAUAUAUAUGAGCUCACCAAGAAUGACUGAAGAAAUUGUCACAUGUUGCUGAGAGAGACAGUCUUCAUUGUCUGCCUUCAGGCUGCUUCCUGUUGGGAUGAUUUCACAGCGAUCUCAUCCACCCUCUAGGGACUCGCAUUCUUAGCAUGUGCCAGCAAAUUCAGCAAACUUGCUCUGGAUCAAGGAAUACCUAAUGUACUUGAAUGAUACUGAAGUUGUUGAUUUUUAAAAGAACCAUACUGUUUGAACUUGGAAGUGAUUUGGUGGCAGGACUUCUUUCUUACGAGGGACAAGACUUCUUUUUACAAGAGACAUUGUGGCCUAAUGCAGUUAAAAUCAAUUCAGUUUUUAAUUUCUUCUGUUGGUAACAGGAAGAUGAUAGUGAAUGCUUAUUGCUGUUGGUAAAAUUCUUGUGAAGAUAUCGAAGAUCACAACAGUCUGUAGUCUAACAUGGGGGUCUCUUGGUACUUCCAAAUGAGGCUUUUAUUAUGCAAAGGAACUGCCCCAUUCACAGAAUUUGCAAGUUGUCUAACCAGUGAUGUCUUCCAUUUGUAACCUUCCUGUACUUUCCCAACCCUGCUCCAUCUUUUUUCUCAUGAGAGAAAAAAAACCCUUAAGUACACAGUACCUCUCUGGAAGCAUCCACUGUGCAUUUUAACUCAUACCUCUGAACAUAAUUGUAGUUCAAUACAUAACACCAUUCCAUAAAAGAAAUAUCAGACGUUUACUAUGUCAUGUAGUACUGGUGAAUACAACCAAGGCAGGCUAUUCUUAUUUAUGGGACUGGGAUGAUGAAUUUGCUAACUCUACUGCGUGUAUCACCUCAUACCAAUUUUCACAUGCCAUGCAGUAUAUGGCACCCAUUAAUUUGUUUAGAAUGCAAGAUCUGGGGAUCUACAAUGUUUGGAAGUUGUACACUCUACCCUACUCUAUAAUCUGUAUAACUGUUUGCCACUUCCCUGAUAGGCAUAUCCCAUAGUCUACUAUAUGUCUGCAAGGUUGCCAACUGUUUAUCUGCACUUUUUAAAGUGAAGAAAAGCUUGUGAAAAGUUCCAGAAAUCUGGACAAUCUGUCAAAUAACUGGACACUUUAUUUAAAGUAUAUCAGCUGAAUUUGUAAUAAUCAAA